GGUUUCCUCCUGAGUCAGGCGGAGGAGAGGAAGCAGGAAAAGGAUCUGUUUGCGGAAAUGGGUCCUGAUUCCUCUGAGGGAGAGAGGGCUCCGUUGGACACCAGAGAGAGUUCACUAGGUGACGGAAUUAUACUGGCAGAACUGGCAAGACCUCCUCCUCCAUCUUUUCAUCCUGGUGGAGGGGAAGCAGCGGCUGUGGAACCGGAUCAGGGUCCAGUCUGCUUUGAAGAUGUCUCUGUUUGUUUCAAAGAGGAGGAGUGGGCGUUGCUGGAUCCUGCCCAGAGAGCUCUGCAUAAGGAAGUAAUGGAGGAGAAUCGUGGGACCAUAGAUUCUCUUGGUGGUGAUGAAUUAGAUAUUCAGAACAAGGGAGACCAAGAGAAAGUUCACACAGUGGAGAAACCCUAUAAAUAUCUGGAGUCUGGCAAGAGCUUCAGUCAGAGUUCCUAUUCCACUUCCCAUCAAAGAAUUCAUACAGGGGAGAGACCACAUCAGUGCUUGGAGUGUGGAAAGAGCUUUAGUAAGCAGGUGAGUCUCACCACCCAUCUAAAAAUUCAUACAGGGGAGAAAUCAUAUCAGCGCUUGGACUGUGCAAGGAACUUCAGAAAAAAGCAAAAUUUCACUUCCCAUCAAAGAACUCAUAGUGGGGAUAAACCACAUCAGUGCUUGGAGUGUGGAAAGAGCUUCAAUAGAAAGGACCAUCUCACUUCCCAUCUAAGAAUUCAUAUGGGCCAGAAACCAUAUCAGUGCUUGGAAUGUGGAAAGAGCUUCAGUUGGAAAAAGAGUCUUACUUCCCAUCAAAGAAUUCAUACAGGCGAGGAACCAUAUCAAUGCUUAGACUGUGGAAGGAACUUCAAAACAAAGCAACAUCUCACUUACCAUCAAAGAACUCAUAGUGGGGAGAAGCCAUAUCAGUGUGUGGAAUGUGGAAAGAGCUUCAGUCAGCACUCCAGUCUCCGUUCUCAUGAAAGAAUUCAUACAGGGGAGAAACCAUAUCAGUGCCUGGAAUGCGGAAAGAGCUUCAUUUGGAAAGAUAGUCUCACUUCUCAUGAAAGAAUUCAUGCAGGGGAGAAGCCAUAUCAAUGCGUGGAAUGUGGAAAGAGCUUCAGUCACAGAUCUCAUCUCACUUCCCAUCAAAGAAUUCAUACAGGGGAGAAACCACAUCAGUGCUUGGAGUGUGGAAAGAGCUUCAGUCACAGAUCUCAUCUCACCAUCCAUCAAAGAAUUCAUACAGGGGAGAAACCACAUCAGUGCUUAGAGUGUGGAAAGAGCUUCAGUCAGAAGGUGAGUCUCAUCACCCAUCUAAUUAUUCACACAGGGGAGAAGCCAUAUCAGUGCUCAGACUGUGGAAGGAACUUCAGAACAAAGCAACAGCUCACUUACCAUCAAAUAACUCAUAGUGGGGAGAAGCCAUAUCAGUGCGCGGAAUGUGGAAAGAGCUUCAUUCGGAAGUACCGUCUCACUUCCCAUCAAAGAAUUCAUGCAGGGGAGAAACCACAUCAGUGCUUGGAAUGUGCAAGGAACUUCACCUCAAAGGCAGGUUUCACUUCCCAUCAAAGAAUUCAUACAGGGGAGAAACCAUAUCAGUGCUUGGACUGUGCAAGGAACUUCACCUCAAAGGCAAGUCUCUCUUACCAUCGAAUAACUCACAGUGAGGACAAACCAUAUCAGUGCUCAGACUGUGGAAGGAACUUCAGAACAAAGCAACAGCUCACUUACCAUCAAAGAACUCAUAGUGGGGAGAAACCCUAUCAGUGCGUGGAAUGUGGAAAGAGCUUCCCUCGGCGGGAUACUCUCACUUCUCAUGAAAGAAUUCAUACAGGGGAGAAGCCACAUCAGUGCUUGGAAUGUGGAAAAAGCUUCAUACAAAAGACCAGUCUCACUUCCCAUCGAAGAAUUCAUACAGGGGAGAAGCCACAUCAGUGCUUGGAAUGUGGAAAGAGCUUCAGGCAGAGAGUCAGACUUAUUUCCCAUCAAAGAAUUCAUACAGGGGAGAAAGCACAUUAGUGCUUGGAAUGUGGAAAGAGCUUCACCUGUAAGGAAAGUCUCAUUUCCCAUCAAAGAUCACACAGCAGGGAAAAUAGCAGAAUAAUAGAAUUAAUCCCAUCCUUUUUUUUUGGAGUGACAUUUGAUAACCCUCAAGUUUUUGUCCCAGCCAUUCUUUCUCAAACCCAUCUCCACAUUCUCUAUUACAAAUUCUUGUUGCUCUUUCAGGAAAGGGAUCUGUCUUCAGAAACGGGUCCUGAUUCCUCUGAGGCAGAGAGGACUCCAUUGGACACCAGAGAGAGGCCGCUGGGUGAAAGAAGGAUGCCGGCAAGACCUCCUCCUCCAUCUCUUCAUCCUGGUGGAGGGGAAGCAGCGGCUGAGGAACCGGAUCAGGGUCCACUUUGUUUUGAAGAUGUCGCUGUUUGUUUCACGGCUGAGGAAUGGGCAUUGCUGGAUCCUGCCCAGAGAGCUCUGCAUAAGGAAGUCAUGGAGGAGACUUGUAGGAUCAUGAACUCUCCCGGUGCUGAGGAAUUAGAAAUGAAGAGCAAGGGAAACCAUAAGAAAAUCCACACAGUGCAGAAGCCACGUCAGUCUUUGGAAUGUGGAGAUAACUUCACUAACAGCUCUGAUUCAAUGUCUCAUCAAAAUCCCAUUUGGAAUAAACCGAAUCAGUGCUCAGACUGUGGAAGGAACUUCAGAACAAAGCAACAUCUCACUGACCAUCAAAGAACUCAUAGUGGGGAGAAACCCUAUCAGUGCUUGGAAUGUGGAAAGAGCUUCAAUAAUAGCCGCUCCCUUGGGUCCCAUCAAGGUAUUCAUACAGGUGAGAAACCCUAUCAGUGCUUGGAAUGUGGAAAGAGCUUCAAUAAUAGCCGCUCCCUUGGGUCCCAUCAAAGAAUUCAUAUAGGGGAGAAACCCUAUCAGUGCUUGGAAUGUGGAAAGAGCUUCAGUGAAAGCAUCAAACUCACUGCCCAUCAAAUAACUCAUAGAGGGGAGAAACCAUUUCAGUGCUUGGAAUGUGGAAAGAGCUUUAGUCGACGCGACUCUUUCACUUUCCAUCAAAGAACUCAUACAGGGGAGAAACCCUAUCAGUGCUUGGAAUGUGGAAAGAGCUUCAUUCACAGAGUCAGUCUCACCUCCCAUCAAAGAAUCCAUACAGGGGAGAAACCAUAUCAGUGCUUGGAAUGUGGAAAGAGCUUCAGUACAAAGGCCUAUCUCACUUCCCAUCAAAGAAUCCAUACAGGGGAGAAACCGUAUCAGUGUCUGGAAUGUGGAAAGAGCUUCAGUACAAAGGCCUAUCUCACUUCCCAUCAAAGAAUCCAUACAGGGGAGAAACCAUAUCCGUGUCUGGAAUGUGGAAAGAGCUUCAAUCACCGCUCCACUCUCAGUUCUCAUGAAAGAAUUCAUACAGGGGAGAAACCCUAUCAGUGCUUAGAAUGUGGAAAGAGCUUCAGGAGAAAGGACAAUCUCACUUCCCACGAAAUAAUUCAUGCAGCGAAGAAACUGUAUCAGUCCUUAGAAUGCACAUUGGGCCUUCCUGCAAGAAGAGCGCUUCUGUGACAUCAGAGAAUUCACAGUGGGGGAAAACCAUUUCAAUGCCAAGUGCGGAAAGAGCUUCACCCUGAAGCAAACACUCACUUCCCAUCAGAGAAUUCAUGUGACGGAGAAACCCUAAUAGUGCUUGAAAUGUGGGAAAAGCUUCACCUGGAAUGAAAGUUUCUCUUCCCAUCAAAUAACUUAUAAGAUUGUAGUGUUUGAAGGGACGCUGAGGGUCAUCUAGUCCAACCCCCUGGCAUUGUUGUGAUGUAGUGCCUGGUCCUCAAGGUCAGCCAGUGAUAUUCAUGGCUGAGAGGGAUUUUAGUAGUAGUAGUAUUAGUAGUAGUAAUUGUUGUGUUGUAGUUGUUAUAUUUAUACCCCACCCAUCUGGCUGGGUUUCCUGA